AUGUCGAAAAUCAUUACGCCUUACUUUCCUAGUUUUCUCUUCGAAUUCUGGCUCUCUGCAGGACCUACACUCCCCAGUCGUCCCCCACGGGUCCACCUCUAUGACAUCUACGACAAUGAAUUGACGGAAACCCACCAAGUACCCAAGCAAGCGACGUCCAUCUUCCAGGACCUGGAUAUUGGCCUUCUGGAGUUCAGAACACGUGCUUGUCUACGCGACGCUGAGAUUGCUUUCACGCAUCUAGAAUCAGAGGUUCAGUCUGUUCUGACCGACCUGUUGAAUCGAACAGUAUGGAGUGGAGAGGACGUGGCAACCAAGAGAUCUCUCUCAUUUAAUCGAAGCGACGUCGAAACUUUGCGUAAGUAUUUCGUGUUUCUACGAUUCCGCAACAGCGCAGCAUACUCGAAGACUGUCUGUUCUCUUGUGGAGUCCUCUCAAGAGACCCCAGGGGACUUCUCUUCGGCAUUCCAGCCGCUCAUCGUUGAGUUUUGGAUCCGUUACAUUCUUGGGAAUAUCAUCGAGUUUUUGUGCCACACGUCAGCUGAUGGGCCGUUGGUGAAGACACGUCCAGAGGUUCCAACACUCAGCAUAUCGGUUAGCGCCUUUCAGGACGCCAUGGAGGUUUACUGUUGGAGGCUGUGCGAUGCCGAGCUGUGCAUCGGAAUUGCCACCGAGGACCAGGAGUUCAUGCUAUCCGAUCGGUGCUUUGGCACACUGGACGAAGGAUUUGACGAGGAUCCCGAAUGCUGCGAUCUCUUCUUUCCUGUCUUCCCAACCCUUGCAUUGUAUGUCCUUGGAACGGCAGACGGUCACUACCCUUCGGCAUCAACCUAUCGCCAGAAGAGCCGGUCGACUGUGUGGCUCGAUAUCGGUCUCGAGUCGGCCUCUGACGUCCAUCUGCGAAAUGCGAUGAUCCUUCAGACAUAUCCCCAGCAUCUCUACUUCCAGUCCCUGCGCACUGUCGCACUGUCAAUCUCCUCGUACGACGAGUUCCGCUGGAUUCAAGAACAUCAGGAUUACAGCCGGCUCAAGCAGCGAUGUCGCCAGAAGUUUCUGCAAGAGACUGUUACGAAGACCUUGGUCGUCAAAGGAUCAUUAAUUGUGACCGAUCUCACUGAUGAGGUUGUAAUCAUGGGUGAUUCGGCCGUCGCGCAUGGGUCAUUCUCUGACGUGUGGAAAGGGAUGUGGGAUGACCCGAUCGAAAGACGACCCCGAGUGGUAGCUCUGAAGUUCUUGCGCCAGGUCAUGGUGCAGAACAUCCGCGAAAAGCUUCUCAAGCGUCUUCAAGCGGAAGUCCUUGCGUGGCAUCGUUUAUGCCACAGGAACGUCAGUCAGCUCUUCGGCAUCGUGCAAUCACCCUACAGCAUAGCCAUGGUCUCGCAGUGGUGUGACAACGGCACCGUUUCGAACUAUCUCAAGCAAUGCCCAGACGCGAAUCGGCUCAAGCUGUUGGUGCAAGUCGCUUCGGGUAUUACCUAUCUACAUACCUUAAACAUUAUCCACGGCGACCUGAAGGGUGGCAAUAUUCUCGUCGACCAGAGCGGGAAUGCCAUCAUCACCGACUUCGGCCUCUCGAAGGUCAUGGAAGAGAUGUCCGAUACUAUGAACAUGGGCACAUCUUUCUUCGCGGGAUCGACACGCUGGAUGGCUCCUGAGCUCAUCAAUGCCCUUGUUGCCGAUGAAGGCGUGAUUCCCUCCAUCACGACCUUCAGUGACGUUUACGCUUUUGCCUCAGUAUGUCUCGAGCUUGCGUCAGGAAGUCUGCCGUACCCGCACCGAUCCAACGACCACGCCGUGACAGUCGACAUCCUCAGAGGCAUCAGGCCAUCUCGAACCGCAAUUUGUCUCCUCAAGCUCGACAAAGAAGGCGAAGACGGAUUCUGGGACCUGCUCGAUCAGUGUUGGAACCUUGACCCAAAGUUGCGUCCAACUAUGGCCCACAUGUUUUCGUUUUUGGAGGUCUUAGAAACUUCGAGGAGGAUUGCCAACGGGUCUUUAGUUCCCAGUGCCUCUUGA